AUAUCAAUCUAAACUUACAAACUUAGGACGUGUAAUGGAAACUUAUGGUCCAAAGUUUUUAGGGACUUCAUACAAGGACCCAAUUGCAAGUUUUAACCAUUUCAGGAAAUUCUCUGUUGAACAUCCUGAGACUUAUUGGUCAGUUAUUCUAAAAGAGCUAUCAAUUGUGUUUCGGGUAGCUCCAAAAUGCAUUCUAGAUACUUCAGACAAGUCAAAACCUGGGGGUAGAUGGCUUCCAGGUUCACUUUUGAAUAUUGCUGAAUGUUGUUUAUUACCAUCAAGCCAUCCAAGAAAAGACGAUGAUAGUUGUGCUAUUGUAUGGAGGGAUGAAGGGUGUGAUGACUCAGAAGUGAGCUGUAUGACAUUAAAAGAACUUCGAGAACAAGUAAUAUUGGUGGCAAAUGCACUGGAGGUAACAUUCUCGAGGGGUGAUGCAAUUGCAAUUGACAUGCCAAUGACAAUCAAUGCAGUGAUUAUAUACUUGGCUAUUGUAUUAGCUGGACUUAUUGUAGUAUCAAUAGCAGACAGUUUUGCACCAAAGGAAAUAGCAACACGUUUACGGGUCUCUAAGGCAAAGGCUAUUUUUACUCAGGAUUUUAUACUAAGAGGAGGUCGGAAGUUUCCUUUAUACAGUCGAGUUGUAGAAGCUGCACCACAUAAAGCAAUAGUACUCCCUGUAAGUGGGAAUGAUAUAGACAUCA